GUUCUGACAGGGAAGGAGUCAAAUCUCCUCAGUCAGACGCCGGUGACUCCUCCGCUCGGGUACCGAGUUUAGACAGCAGACACCGCGGGAACUUGUGCCUUACACACCGGGAGGGCUUCUGAGAGGACUUCAGUCCUACAUUUGCUCCUGAGCAGGCCUGUUUACAUCCAGAUCUGGGUUCCCCAACAUUACUUGCUGAGAGAGACAACCAAGAGAAGCUGCUAUGUCCGUCUCCAUACUUUUUCAGACCACGGCCCAUCUGAGAGCUCAGCUGUCCCACUGCUAGGCCAGGGGGCGCCAGAGAGGCCAGGAGACAUGUUGGGACGGAGGCCCGGGGACCACUGCACUGAAUUCUGUUACUUAAGCUGCUACUGUUGUAGCCAUGGAAACGCUAUGGAGGACUGCUGUGAUCUGCACUGUCAUCGUCGUAAUGGGUGCCGCUGAGGUCGUAGGAGUUCACAGGGAUGAGUUCUCUCAGUCACAAGCUGCUUUCCUGUCCAGUCUAGGCCAGUAUGAGAUUGCAAUCCCAGUACGUGUAGGACCCGAUGGAGAGACGCUGCACAAAAAAACAUCUCAGCACCAAAGAAGAAGACGCGGUACAGAAGAAAUAACACCAGCUGACACCUCUCUCUAUUACCAGCUGACUACGUCGCGUCACAACUUCCUGCUGAACCUGACGCUGCAGGGAGGCCUGCUGUCCCGCCAGUUCAGGGUGGAGUACUGGAAAAGAGGCAGAUUAGCCUGGAGUCACCCAUACUCUCCCCACUGCCAUUACGUAGGACACCUCCAGGACCAGCCACACUCUAGCAAAGUGGCACUUAGCAACUGUAAUGGCCUGCAGGGGGUGAUUGUUGCAGGAGAAGAGGAGUUCCUGAUUGAACCCCUUGUGUCACCAACCAACCAAACCGGACAAGGGAGGGGGGAGAGAGCUGUGGGACGCCCCCAUGUGGUUUAUAAGCGCUCAUCGCUUCGCCACCAGUACAAAGGCCAAUCUUGUGGAGUCAUUGAUGAGAAGCCUACGAAAGGCUCAUCAUGGUGGAAAAGGACGCUGAACACGCCCCCUCAUCACGUCGGUCGAGGCCAAUUACCGCUGAAGCGCUCAGUGAGCUGGGAGCGCUACGUCGAGACGCUAGUUGUAGCUGACAAGAUGAUGGUGGGCUACCACGGUCGAAGGGACAUUGAGCAGUACAUCCUGGCACUCAUGAAUAUUGUUGCCAAACUGUUCCAGGAUUCUAGCCUGGGGAAUGCAGUCAACAUCGUCGUAACACGGCUCAUCCUGCUCAUGGAGGACCAGCCCACAUUAGAGAUCAAUCAUCACGCAGGGAAGUCCUUAGACAGCUUCUGCAAAUGGCAGAAAUCCAUCCAGCACCGGAGCAGCUAUGGCAACGCCAUACCUGACAAUGGCAUUGCUCACCAUGACACCGCUGUGCUCAUCACCAGGUAUGACAUCUGCAUCCAGAAAAACAAGCCUUGUGAAACCUUAGGUCUGGCUCCUGUUGGAGGAAUGUGUGAACCAGAGAGAAGCUGCAGCAUCAAUGAGGACAUUGGCCUGGGAACAGCGUUCACUAUUGCCCAUGAGAUUGGACAUACGUUUGGAAUGAACCAUGACGGUAUUGGUAACACGUGUGGACCCCGUACCCAGGAGACGGCCAAGCUGAUGGCCGACCACAUCACAAUGAAGACGAACCCGUUCAUCUGGUCGGCCUGUAGCAGGGAUUACAUCAGCAGUUUUUUGGACUCAGGUAUGGGCUCUUGUCUGAACAACGUACCCCCUAAGCAGGAGUUUGUGUACCCCACCACAGCCCCGGGUCAGGCCUACGACGCAGACGAACAGUGCCGCUUCCAGUAUGGCGUCAGAUCUCGACAAUGUAAAUAUGCAGAGGUCUGCAGCGAGCUUUGGUGUAUGAGCAAGAGCAACCGAUGCAUCACCAGCAGCAUACCGGCUGCAGAAGGAACCAUCUGUCAGACCAACACAAUUGAGAAAGGGUGGUGCUACAAGAGGCUCUGUGUGCCAUAUGGGACGCGUCCUGAGGGUGUGGAUGGAGGUUGGGGACCAUGGUCACCCUGGGAGGAGUGCAGCAGGACCUGCGGAGGUGGCGUCUCCUCCUCUAUCAGAUAUUGCGACAGUCCGAGGCCAACCAUUGGUGGAAAGUACUGCCUUGGAGAGAGAAAGCGCUACAGAUCCUGCAAUAUUGAUGAGUGCUCUGUAAACUCACAGGACUUUCGGGAGAUCCAAUGUUCCAAGUUUGACAAUGUUCCAUUUCGAGGGAAGUUUUACAUGUGGAAGCCGUACAGAGGAGGUGGGGUGAAGAUCUGCUCUCUGAACUGCCUCGCAGAGGGAUACAACUUCUACACGGAGCGUGCACCUGCGGUAGUGGAUGGCACACCAUGCCGAGACGACUCCCUGGACGUGUGUGUAAACGGCGAGUGUAAGCACGUCGGCUGCGAUCGCAUUCUGGGCUCAGAUGUUCGAGAGGACCGCUGUCGGAUCUGCGGGGGUGAUGGCAGCAGCUGCGAGUCUGUGGAAGGAGUCUUCAAUGACUCUCUGCCAGAAGGAGGCUAUGAAGAGGUCAUCCGAAUCCCAAAAGGUUCAGUGUUCAUUCACAUACAGGAGCUCAACGUAUCCAUGAACCACCUAGUGCUGAAGAGUAAAAGUGAUCAUUACUUUCUCAAUGAGAAGCUGACCGCUGACACGCCGCAGCGGUUGAAUGUUGCUGGAACAACUUUCCACUACAGACGCCCUACAGAUGGACCGGAAACUCUUGAGGCUCUGGGACCAACAAAUAUGACCCUCAUUGUCAUGGUGAUGGUAAUGGAGGAGAACCCUGGAAUCCACUAUCGUUUUAACCCCCCUGUCAACCGGGAUCCCCUGAUUGGUUUUGCCUGGUACCACACAUCCUGGUCACACUGUUCUGCUCUCUGUGCUGGAGGUGAGCAGAUCCAGCAGGUGGGUUGUAGGAAGCUAUCAGACCACUCCAUUGUUUACAACCACUUCUGUGAUAAGAAGAACAAGCCCAAAGAGAGGCGCAGAUUCUGCAAUACUGAGCCAUGUUCCCCAACCUGGUGGACAGGAAAGUGGUCGGAGUGCAGUCGCAGCUGCAAUGGUGGCCUGAGGACCCGCGAGGUGUUAUGCAAAAGGAGGCUCUCUGCAUUAGAAGAGAAGGUCCUGGAUGACUCCGCCUGCCCUCCUUCACGGCCCUCAUUUACUGAACCCUGCAACAACCACAGCUGCCCCCCGGAGUGGUUGGCCCUGGACUGGACGGAGUGUACGCCCAGCUGUGGUCCUGGCUACAGGCACCGAGUGGUUUUGUGCAAGAGUGGGGAGAGUGGGGACACGCUGCCAGAGUCCAAGUGCCCCAAGCAUGGUCGGCCCACCUCUAGAGUGCGCUGCAACCUGAAGCGCUGCCCUCCACCUCAGUGGGUGAUAGGUCCUUGGGGAGAGUGUUCUGCAAAGUGUGGACUCGGUCAGGAGAUGCGGUCCGUGCAGUGUCUGACGCACACCAGCAUGCCAUCCAAUGAGUGUCAGGAACAUCUGCGGCCAAUCUCCAUGCAGCAGUGCAAGAGCAAAUGUGACCUCAGUCUGCCUGUCAGUACGGACACCACCGAAGAGUGCAAAGAUGUGAACACUGUGGCCUACUGCCCCCUUGUGCUCAGGUUCAAGUUCUGCAGCCGACCAUAUUUUAGACAGAUGUGCUGUAAAACAUGCCAGGGACACUGAUCUGGACAUGGUGGAUGUUACAGGACACACGCCCCCACCCACACACACACACACACACACACACACACACACACACACACACACACACACACACACACACACA